GUCGCGACGCUAAGCGUCCCCACGAACUAAUCUUCAAAAAUCAGAAUCAUACGAACUUCCAUCGCGGCCGCAUCUGCAUAUAAAUUAAUUUUUCAAAAAAAAAAAAAAGGAAACAAAAACAGGCCACUAACAAAGUUAACACGCGAAAUUACAAACGAAUUAAAUACAUAUUUUAAUCGAAAAACCUAAUUUUCCAAGUGAAGCGAAAAUGGUUUACGAGAGCGAUUUCUACACGACCCGACGACCCUACACGCGGCCAAUCGUGUCUUCUUACAGCGUCACGACCCCCUACAUAAUCCCCAUCUCUUCUAAUAUACAGGUGAGGACAAUACCUUAUUUGCCAUAUGUGGCACAUAAGAGGCUCGUCACCAUUGUUCAUACACCUGCUCACACUUAUUACACUGGAUCUCCAUUAUCACCCGUAACUGUGAGAGUACAUUCGCGAGUAAGGCCCAGUAUCCUCGCAGCAGAAAUCAACAGAAUUGUGAAUCGACAGAGACCUUCUUCUGUAUCGUACACUGAAAAAUAUCUUAACUCCAGACCAAACACUGAAUUCGAUGAUGAAGCCAGAGAAAUUAGAGCACGAGCAGAUGCACUUCUUCGCAGAAUUCACGUCUUCGUUCCAAAACCGUCGCCCAGACGUUUUUUUUUCGUUUAUUUUCCAUCGACACGCAGCGACUACAUCGAUGAAAGUCUACGAAGUGAUUACAUUAGACGUCUUUUAAAUACGAGGGAACACAUCAGAAAGGAUCUUGAAUAUUUGAAUCUUUGGUAUCAAACGCCAGAAUGUCGUAAUUUGGGAGAAGGUCAUUUGGCUUGUGUAAAAUAUGUUGGAGGAAAACCUCAAUCAAAAAGAAGACCUUAUUAUAAACUUGCCGAUUUAACUGCCACCGAUGUUAGAAAUGAUGUCAAUUUUCUCAGCUAUUAUCGUAAAAAUCGUCAAGCUGCAGACAAAGCUUUGCCUGAAGUACCUAUGACCGAAAGGGAAUUACGAAAGGCUCGUGCCUUAGAAACCGAAUGGUCAAUUGCCCAGAAACAAAAAGCAUCAGAGCAAUCAGCCACACUUGAAGAAAUUGAACCAGAACAAGAAGAAAUUGAAUUCGUACGUGAAAAAGUCAAGGAAAAAAAAGAAAAGAAGGAAAAGAAAGAAAAGAAACGUAAGGAAGAAGAAGAAGCAGCAGCAGCUGAAAAUGAAGAAGAAGAAGGUCGAAAGAAGGCAGAAGAAGAAGCAAUUCGAAGAGCUCAAGAAUUUUUGGCAAAACGAAUUGAAGAAGCUAGAGUACAAGAAGAAAAACGUUUGGCAGCAGAGGCGGAGCAAAAAAGGCUUGAAGAAGCUGCAGAAGCUGGAAGAUUGGCUUUAUUAAAAGCAGAGGAAGAAGCGCGAUUAGCUGAAAUUGCAGAACAAGAAAGGCUUGAAGCUUUAAGAAGAGCCGAAGAAGAACGAUUAGAAGAAGCACGUUUGGAAGCAGAACGUCAGGCUGAAGCCGAAAGGAAAGCAGCUCAAGAACGAUUGCGUUUAGAGGAAGAGGCACGUAAAGCUGCUGAAAGAAGAGCCGAGGAAGAAAGAAUGUAUAGAGAUGCUGUAGAUGCAGCAGCUGAAGAUGAAGAAGAACGUCUUGCUAAGGAAUUGGCUGAAGAAAAUCGCAAUCAACGACAGGAAGAAGAAGAGAUAUUAGCCACUGUUACAAAUGUUGUACCAAGCUCAGAUGAAGUUAAAGAAUACGAUGAUCGUACUGAAGAUACUUAUGCUCAUCGUAAUCUCUCCGAUCAUGAGAGAGAAGAAAAUCCAGAUGAUGCAACUGUCGAAGACAAUACUCAGGUUGAAGAAGAAGGAGAAGAGGACAUUGAACACGAUGGCUCUGAACCAAUUGUCGACGAUUUCCAAGGACCAGAAAGUCAUCAUGAAAUGGUUGAAACGAUAGAAGAUUCACCACAGGUUGAAGAAGUUUUCUCCAGUCGUCAAGAAUCUGUCGAGGAACCAGAAGAUGAAGAUGCGUAAAUUUCCCAUCUCCAAUUCGUAAAUCAUUUUUUUUUUUUUUUUUUCAU